AUGGAAGGUGAACUUGGAGCAAACUACAAAGUAACCGAGUUAUUGAAUAGUGUAUUUGGACCAGAAUUCCCUGGAGUUCCUCAGGACACAAAGGAUGAGAUACCUCCAAAUGACGCCAGUCUUUAUGAUAUGUUGAAUGAAGUUGAGGGAAGUAGAAAACUCAUGAAUCAACUAUGCAAUUCCAAAAGGUAUGAUCCGGCUGAGGCUCAGGUAUAUUCCGUGGAUAAGAGCACCGUACUUUCUAAAGCCGUGUCAAUAUCAAGGAAUUGGUAUCAAGACCAGCAUAUAUCGAAUGUGCCUCUGAGCGCAUCCCCCGUCUUACAAAUGGAAACACCAGUAGUGUUUUCAUGGAGCAGCAACCAUCCAAACGGCGAGCAGCAUAGUCAAGACGAGAAGAUCUUUUUACCUCAAGAUUCAAAGCACGACGAGGAGCCAGACGCCAUACCUACAGAAAGGGAACCCACUAAUAAGAAACUAUUUAGGAUUGUCAGUGAAGAGAUGGAAAAGGUACCCCGUAGUCCUCGGUCUUGGAAUUACAUAUUAAGGGGCGUUGAAGACUCCGAAAACGAAACGAAGGGAACCAGCACCAGCUCUAGUAGUGUAACAUCUCCAGAGAAGAAUCCGUUCCAAAACUCCUCAUUCCACGUCAAUCCAUUAGAGAAAUUUGUUGCUCGUGAACUGCCGAAGCAGAAGAAAGAUCCUACUGAGAGUUUUCCCAAACAUAAAUCGAAAAGACGGUCGGCAUUAUGGUUUUUUGGGGGUCGGUCCAAGGGAAAGCAUAAGUCCAAGCAUAACCACAAAGAAAAACAUGAUAAGCCAGAGGGUGGUGCAAAAAAAAUACGAGAAUCUGGCGAUUCAACUAUACCGAUUGAUAUGCAUGACACGCAGAUACAUGAUUUAGUGGAAGAGACGAUCCACGAAGAGGGUGAUCUUGAAUUCGAUGUGGAUGAACUCACGCAUCAUGAUAGCGGGGUACACCAGUCAAAACCAGAUCUGGAAAGUACACCGGAACCUAAUAAUGCAGUCCGUAACCAUCCUACAAGUAAAACCCUUGAAGUGAAUGUUGAGCGUAGCCAGGAGGAUGCGGGCGAUCCACCUGCAGUUGCUGCUGCUGCUGAUGAUGAUGAUGACGAAUUCGGGGAUUUUGAACAAGGUAAUGCAUUUGAUAUAAAACCAGUGGUGGAAGAAAGACCGAUGGUCACAAUCCCAUCAAAACCACCGGUGGUACCUGAACUUGUCGAUGAUAGUACUUCGAGAGGACACACGCCGCCCAGCCACGUGAGCCUAGAUACAUUUGUCCCUUUACAGCCAAAGAAGAAGAUGUGA